UUAGGAUGGAUGACUAUUGUAAUUUUUUUAUAUUUUUUUAUUUGAUUUGAUUGUCUUGUGGUUUUGACCAUUGUAAAUGGUUUAGAAUUAAUGAGUGGAAUAAAUAAAUUAGUCAAAAAAAAAAAAGAAAAAAAGAAAAAGAAGAAAAGAAAAGGAGGGGCAUCUUGCAGCCUUUUACCAAGGCAUCAUCACAAUUUUUUUUCCUACUCACGUCUUUCUCUAUCCCUUACACAUUCUUCUCCUUUAAAAAUCUUCCUCUCCUUUCUUAAUGGCCACCACCCUCUACUUCCCCACUGCCUUCGUCAAUCAAACACAACCCAGCCUCCUCCCAUCCUUUCCUUUCUUCCUUCGUUGCUGAGAACAACCACCAUCGAGGGGUGGUGGUGUUGUUGCUGUUUGACCACCUUGAACCACCACCCAAACACUCCCUGGCCUCCUUAUACCUCCUGCCCUCCUCCGACCUGCUGCUACCUCCAACUUCUCCCCUCCCUCGAACUUGCCAGCAGAAGAGCAAACAGAAGCAACAGAAGGCUGCCACCGUGAACCCACUGCCAUUCCCUGUUGGCACUGCCGCCGGCUUUGCUGCUGCUGUCGCUAGCCACUAUCGACCACCAACUUGACCACUGUGAAUCACCACAACCACCACAGCCUCCCUCCCUUCUCUCCCUCUGGUUGAGUUGAGAACCGAAUUAAGGCAGCAAAUGAAAGAGGCAGCAAGAGGGUUGCCACCCUCGUCACCCACUACCACCACCGUGACCAGCCCCUUCUUGAAAUCCUUUCACGUUAAAGUCGUCGAAACAGCUGGAAGACGGAAGCAGGGAGCUGCAAUCGCCCCCCCACAACAGCCGACCUCAGCCACGACCGGUUGCUGCCGCCACGAGGUUUUCAGACCAGCCCCCUCCUCCACCGCAGUAGGUAUCGAAUCACCACCACCUUCGUUUUGUUAUGACUCCUCCGUUCGUAUCAGCUGAGAUCGAAGAGACCGAAGAAGUGAUAUAAAUAGACCCGGUGAUUCGUUUUUAGGGCACGGAACAUCACAAAACGGCUUUCACGACAAGUUUCACCCGCGGGCCUCGUUCGCGCUUCAAGGGGAAAAUGAGUUCGUCAUCCUCUUCCAAACAUGAUGACAAGAAGCCAGUCUCUCAAAAGCUUGUUCCAUUUCAAAAUCAAAAUCGUUUUUCUCCUUUAACUCCUACUUCUAAGAAUUCACAACUUUAUUCUAAUAUCCUUCAGUCAAAACUUGUUACUCCAAAAGUUACUUCAACCAACACGAUAAGCUGUUUUGUAAAACCUAUCACUCCUCAAACUCAAAAAUUUGUUACUCCUAGACCUUCUACAAAAACUCCUUAUGUUCUUAAUCCAAAUUUCUUAAGAGUUCAAAUUCUUGAAGAUUUUCAAAUCCAUAAGUUACAUCAAGGUUUUCAUAUUCUCACAAAUCAUCUCUUUGGUCAAGGGAAAACCUUUUAUAUUUAUUCAUAUAAAACUCGAGAAAUUCUGCAAGAAUCUGGUUCAGUCAAUUUUGUUCAUCGUUCUAAUUCAAAAGAGGGAAACAUUGAUUUUAGCAAAGCGCAUAUUAUUAAAAUCAUCUCUCAAGAAAGUUGGGUUCCAAAUCUUCACUUUGAAAAAUCUCUUAUAAGUUAUCCUGCUUAUCCCACAUUUUCUUACUAUGAUUAUCAAGAUGCCUGGACUAAGGCAUUCUUUGUUCGGAAUUAUUCACACUCAUGGUUUAUCUUCUUUGAUUUGAACUUCAAUUGUGAAUAUCCAAGAUGGUUUAUCAAUUGGUACAAAUAUAUGGGAAUUCUUCCAAAUUGUUUACCAAAAGAAAUUUACGCUGGAUAUCUCAAAUUUAAGGAAUUGUUUAUUCAACAAAUUCCAGAAUUUGAAUAUAUGUUACAAUUCACCAUGAUAUUUAAAGUUCCAUCGAUAAUGUCUUGGACUUUUCAUUAUCAAGAAGCAAAGGAUUCCUUUCCUCCUUGGCUGAAUCGCCAAUUUCGCUCAAAAUGGUGGGAUAAAAUGAAGAUUUCUCAAGCCAGUGAACAGGCAGUAAUUAAACAUUAUCAAGAAAUAUAUAUUCAAAAACCAGAGGUUGAAGCCACUUUUAUCAGCAGUCUUCCUCAAAGUGAUGUGGAUCUAAUUGAAAGAAUUAAAGAUGCUGCUACCUCUUCUCCUGAAGAACUUCAAAAGCUACUUCAAGAAAUUCGCCAAACUCCAUCAGUUUCAAAAUAUUCUCCAAAAUCUAUAAAAAAUGAUUUAUUUCAAGACUCUCAGGACCCUUUUAAUGAUCCUUAUGAAGAAUAAGAAAUUCUUAUCAUUAAAUUUGGUGUAAUACCUUCAAUGUAAGGUAUUCGUUUCUUCUAUUAUCAAAAUUAUUAUUUCAAAUACGAGUGUGUAUAAACUGUGUGAGUAUACAUAAUAUAUGUAUUUAUAGUGUAAAAACAAAUAUUAUCAAAUUUAUUAUCAAAAUUAUUUAUUCUUAUCAUCAAUGAUAAUAUGAAGACAAGAAACUUUAGAAGAUGCUCUAUAAUGGCAUACUUUAUCAAAAGAAGAUAUUCAUUGAUUACAAACGACAAUUUCUUCAAAAAAUGAGUAACAACCACUUACAAGUAAUUGAUUGGCCAUUUGAUCAUACGGCAAAUUUCACUACAAGAUUUCAAGGCUUUGAAGACUUCAAGAUGAAUAUAAAUAGACAUCAUAUUUGAGUAGAGGCAAGCAAGAAAAUAUUCAUUCUCUAAAAAAUGUUCAUCCCAUGUCUAAAAAAUCUCCAAGAGUCUCUCUUUCUACUAGUAGAUGUUCAAAGUCUCUAGAUUUUGAAAUAAUUCUUUCUCCAGAUGUAUGUAUUGAUUGUAAUUCAAGCUUAAUUCAAGAAGGUACUAUCUAAAUAUUUUAUCGCUGUAUUGUUGUUAUUAAAUUUAUUUCUCCAUGAUAGUUUCAUUUCGAGUUAUUCUAACUAUUAAUUCUACAAGAUUUGAAAUUUUUGUUAAAAUAGUACUCGUUUUUAAUAAUCAAGUUAAUCAAAUUCAUGCUUAAAUUAUUUAAUUAUUUCUAACAAAAUAUUGAUGAUUUGUAUUCCUAAUAGAAAUAUUCUUUUCAGAAUACAGCAAAUCCAAGAAUCUAU